AUGUGCCGCACCCGAUCAGGCCAUUUCGACAAGCCCCAAACCAGCAGCCGGCGGCCCGCAGGCCCGGAAUGCCAGAUAAUGUGCGGCAGCGUCCACGUGACGGAAGCGCGCUCAAAAGAAAAACUCGCCUCCGUCCGACCCACGGAGCCAACCACGAUGCAGUACCCGGACGUUGCCGCCUUCGACCUGGACUACACGGUCUGGCCGUGCUUCUGUGACACACACCUCACCUCGCCGUUCACGCCCGUGGCCACCCCCGCGGGCGAGGUGCUCACCGUUGUAGACGCGGCCGGCUACGAGCUCACGCUCUAUCCGGACGUGCCCCGCAUCCUGGCCGACCUCAAGCUCCACGGCGUCACGCUGCUGACCGCGUCGCGCACAUGGGCGCCGGACGUCGCGCAGCAGCUUUUGCGCACAUUCCGCAUUCGUGUCGGGGAAGACUUCCUCUCGCUCUCAGAGGUAUUUGACGGCGGAGCGUGGGGCGACCACCCCAAGAUCCGUCACAUAACCGCCGGUCUGGCGGACGUCUACGGGCCCAGCGCCCCCGACCCUCGCGACAUCCGCGUGUGGCUGUUCGACGACGAGUCGCGGAACCGCGACGUCGAGCGCCACGGCGUGGCGUACCUCCACGUGCGUGACCCGCAACGAGGGCCCGCCUGGGACUGGUACCAGGCGUCCCUAAGGGGUCGUCAAAACAAAUAG